AUGGCGGUGAGCUGCCCCGAGGUGAUGUACGGCGCCUACUACCCCUACCUGUACGGCCGCGGCGCCGCGCGCUCCUUCCACCACGCGCCGCACUUCCAGUACGAUCGGCUGAACGUACAGAGCGCAGGCAAUGCGAGCGAGUACGGUGGCGGUGCGGUGUCCAACGCGGCCGCGCUCAGCUCGGGCUCGGCGUCGUCCGGCGCGCAGUCGCCCGGCUCGCCGCCGCACGCGCACGCGCUGCCGCAGCACGCGCACGCGCACGCCCACGCCCACGCCCACCUCGCGCACGCGCACGCGCACCACCACGCGCCGGCGCAUCACUCGCCUCGGCUGCGCACCAAGGAGGAGGAUCUGUCAGCACAUGGACGCGCCUCCGCCGAUGGCGGCGGCUCCUCGGAGUCGGAAGGGGAGUGCGGCGGGCUGCGUGCGCGCGCGCAGUACGUCAGCGCCAACUGCGUGGUGUUCACGCACUACUCGGGCGACGUCGCCGCCGUCGUGGACGAGCACUUUGCCAGGGCUCUGUCUCUCGACAAGCCUAAAGAGGGCGUGCCGAUGGCGUCGCGCAAUCUGCCUGCGUCGUUCUUCAACGCGGCGGCGGCGGGCCCCGCCUGCGCCGGCCUCGACCUGUACGACUACGACCCGUGGCACCAACAUUAUGCGGGGUACGGGCACGCGGCGCACCGGCACGCAGCAGAGUACCACGCGGCGGCGGCACACCACAACAUGGCGGCGGCGGGCUACGGCGGCCUGCUGCUGGGCCGCGGCGGCCUGCACGCGCAGUACAAGCCCGUCGACUGGGGCCACGCGCACGCCUCGCCGCACCUCGACCCGGCCGCCUGCUCGCCGUACUCCUACCCCGCGCCGCCCGGUCUGGAGGCACAGGUGCAGGACACGUCGAAGGACCUCUACUGGUUC